AUUAAUAUUAAAUUAAUAUUAUUAAGAAGCAAAUGCAAUUAGAAAAUGAACUCAAAUAAUUUUUCAUCACAUAAUAGAGUUCAAAAUAUUUAUAAUAAGAAGCGAUUCUCUUGUGAAAAUUAUAAAAAAGAAAAACCAGCGAUUGUUAGUAUAAUUUACAAAGAAAACCAGAAUUAUAAUACCACUUUAGAUAGUUGUGCAAAUGAGAAUCAAAAUAUAUUAAUGAAUUCAACAAUCAGAUCUACAUUAAGCAGAAGGAACUAUGAAAAAUGCCAAGAAGAUUUAAGUAUUUCUCAAAAAAAUACUUUAGAAUCUACAAGUAUCGUGAAUCGAGUUUUAAACAAGUGCGAUAGAAAUACCUCUGUUUUCUUAUUGGGAAACUAUAGGAAUAACAACAAAUUAGGUAUGACUAAAACACCAAAUAUAAUUGAAGAUGACCAUAAAGCAGUAUUAAAUCAUGAUUUACAAAAUAUAAUGGGCUUUUGCAAUAAAUCUAAUGCAAAUUGCAAUUUAUACAAUAAGAACAAAAUUCACUGUGAGCAAAAUGUGAAAUUUCAACAGAAAAGUUUAUCUAUAAUUUCACAACAAAGAUCUGUAGAAGCAAAAACACAUGGGAAGAGAAAUCAAUCUAAUGCUACUAAUGAAGCAGAUUGCAAUAUCUCGAUACAAACUACAAGAGAAAAUAGCUGUGAUAUUAGUGAAUCUAUUACAACUGAAGAAUCAAGGAAAGGUGUUUAUACCAAAGGUAAAAGACAAAGAACAAUAAAAUCAACUUGCCAUUUACAAAUAAAGAAAGACAAACAAAAAAAGAUAUACAGUACAGUAUAUAAAUAUAAACAAUGUAAUAAAGUUACCAAAAAUAAAUUAGUUAUAGGAAAAAGGAACGAUACAAGUAAUUUUUCCACAGUUACGAUAAUACCAUCAAGCAAGAUUGACACCAAAGUAAACAAAGAUAUAGCAAGGCAUAAACAUUGUAUAGAUAUUAAAAAUUUGAUAAUACCUUUGAUUAAAAUAGAUGAUCUUUCUACAUCUGAAUUAUCUAAAUUAAUUCAGAGUACCAAAUCUAUCGAAAAUAAAGAGAAUAUACAAAAAGAUGAGAAUAUAUGUAAUGAAACAAAGAAUAUCGCAAAAAUACAGCAUUCUGCAUAUAAAAAAUGCAAAACUACUGAAUUCAAACAAGAACAGAAAAUAAAUAUAUUAUAUAAAUCAGUGUUUGAGGAAAGAUGUACAAAAUUUGAAGAAAAUGUAGUAAAUAAAAUUAAUCAAAAUAUAAGAAAUAUAAAAUUUGGAAAAGAGACAUAUAAAAUAUCUCCAGAGAAUAUUUUACAAUUUUUUUUAAAAAACAGAAGAGAUAUAGAUAUAAGAACAAGACUGAGAUCAAGUAUUGAAAAUAUCUAUGAAUAUCAUAUAAGGAAAAGUGUAGCAAUGUGCAGUAAAUGUACAGAAGCCUUUAAUCUUUUACGACAAUUUUCAGGUAAAGUAAACUUUGUACAAAAUGAAAAAGUAUGCAUUGAAUGUACGCUAUGUAAUUUACAAAUUAACUCUCUAUUUCAUUUUCAAAAACAUCUGAUGGAUAUACAUUUACAAUGUGAAAGAAAAUCAUUACGUAAACAAAAGAAAUUUGCAGUUACUAUUAUUAAUUUCAGUGAUCAAUUAGAUUUAAAUAUCAAUAACAAAUUUAUAUUUGAAUGCUGUUGCUGCUCAAAAGUAUUUGAUCAUAUAACAAAUUUUGAGGAACAUAUUAAAAAUAUGCAUCACGACUUCAAUCAUUAUACAGAUAAUGUUAAAAAAUGUGAGGCAGGACAAAUGACUGUAACUUCUGAAUCAUAUACAACAUUUAAAAAUGAACAAGUAUUUAAUGAAACUUGUGUUUUAGAUAAGAAUUAUAUCUUUGAUGCUCCGACUAAUAUAGAUGAAAUUUCUAAUUCAGGAAAGGAAAUUAACAUACAAAAUAAUCAUAUAAACGAAUAUGAUAUUAACACAAAAGAAAUAAUUCUAUACCAUACCGAUUCAAAUGAUAAAAAUUUAUUGUCAGAGAUGAAAGUAAAAGACAAACAGAUAAAUAAUAUAAAUAAUUCAGAUGUUACUCAAAUAAGAAAAGAAAACCAAAAAUUUAAGGAAGAUAUAGAAAUAUUAAAUAUUGAUGAAAAAUAUUCAAAUAGUAUUUCAAAAUUAAAUCUUUCUAAUGUAUCUAUUAAAAUUGAUCAAAGAUUUAAAGAAUAUUGGAAACAUAAAAGAAGCUUUUCUUUUAUUUGCAAAGUUUGUUUUAAAAAAUAUAAAAGAAAACAAGCGUUUUUAUCUCAUAUGUCUAAACACAUAACAGAUUUUGAUACUAAUAUACAUGAACAACAAAAAUCGGAAGAAAAUAAUGAUCUCAUCAGACAUGAAAAUGAUGUAGUAUUAAAUGCAUAUACUAAAACUUCUCAAGACGAUAGUGAAAGUUUCAAAGAUAAUAAUGUACCACAUUCUACUAUAAAUUUGGCAGAAUCAGACCAAAAUACUUUAAUAUCAAAAACAAUUGGUAAUGAAGUUGAUAGUGGUGAAAAUGGAAAUGUAGAAUAUGAUAUUAAAGAAGAUAGUGUAGCAAGUAAAACAGAUGAUUGUAAUUUUGCAUUAUAUAUAAACCUUACACACACACAAAAAACAGGAAAUGAUGCAAAAAGGCAAAAAUUAAUUAAAUUCAAUAUGAAUAUUACAAAAAAACGUAAAACAAGUACUAAUGAGCAGCAAAGUACAGAAAAUGAAAUUGGAAACAUGUUUCCAACAAAUUUUACUACAAAUACUAAUUCAAUAAUGGAUGCAAGUAAAGAAAAUGUAAGUUAUGGUUUAAAAGAACUGCAUUGCAUUAUAUGUGACAAAAAAUUUAGUUCUUUGACAAUAUUUAAGGAACAUAUGUUCUUUUUACAUGAUUCAUUGUUUGAAGAUCCAAGAUCAUCAGAUUUAUCAAUGACACCAUAUAAAGUAAAAAAUCUGUCUACAUGUCAAAUAAAAGAGUCAAAGAAAGUUUUGCAAAAGGAAAAUAAACAGAAAUAUAGAAAGUGGCGUUGUAACGCAUGUAAAGAAAAUUUUGCAUUACUUAGAAACUACUUACGACAUAAGUACUAUUAUCAUAAUGAUGAAUCUGUAGUUCAUAUUUGUGAUAAUUGUAACAAAAUCCUUACUUCAGUUGCAAUGGUGAACAUUCAUAUGUGCACUAAUGUUACUACCUGGAAUUGCAAGAGAUGCAGUCUCACUUUUUCCAACGGUAUAUCUUUAACACAACAUAAUAUGAAUUAUCAUGUAGAAAAAAUAGGUCCACAUGUAUGCAAAAUAUGUAAAUUGAAUUUUCUUACAAUGUACAUGCUAACAAGACAUGAAGCAACACAUUCUAUAAGUAACAAUUCCAAUGUUACAGAAACUCUUAUAGAUUUAUCUGUACCUGCAAAAGACUAUUUACCUUAUACUGGAGAUAAUAUAAAUGUUAAUUCUGAAUUCAGUAGAAAACAAUUGAAUGACAAGGCUAUUCCUUAUAGGAAUGAAAAUGUGGAAAUUAAAGAAUUAGAUGAACUAAGUGAAAAACUUUCAGAAAUGCACAUCACAUCUAAUAUACCACACAAUGAUAAAAAUAUACUGCACUGUAAUACAUUACGUGCUACAGCACUACAAUUUAAACUUCAUCUGGAAAAAAGGCAUAAAAGAGAGAUAUGUCGAAUUUGUAAUAGCUUAUAUUUUACAGAUAAAUUAAUAAAACAUUUAAUAUCUGAUCACAUAGUCUCAAAUAAUGUGUGUUUUAGAGAAAACGAUGCUAAUAUUGAAAUAACACAAGGAAAUAUAAAUUCUCAGAAUGAUAUAAUAAAAAUCCUUGGUAUAAAACGUUUAUUUUCACUUUACGAAUAUCAAAGAUUUGAUACUAUUGAAGAAAACAAAUGUUUCAGUUGUAUAACAUGUUCAAAACAAUUCUCAGAUACUCAGCAGUACAAAGUUCAUUACUUAAAAUAUCAUGAUACAAUGUGUUUACUAUGUAAUAUAAAAUUUGAACACAAUUUUCAAGCACUCGAACAUAAAAUAAAAAUUCACGAAUCUAUUGAUUUAUAUUUGUGGAUAGCACAAAAGCUAAUAUUACAGUUAAAACAAUACGGAAGUAUUAUUGAAGAUGUGAUAUUAAAAUCUAGUGAAAUAAGAGUAUGUUAAAUAAUAUAUACUUGUUAAUUUUAAGUUAUAUUCUCUAACUAGUCUAUACAGAUAUCUGUAAUUUAUUAAGAAGACGCGUAAGUUGACUCGUUAAGACUAUUCAGAUAGCCUAUCAAGUUUUAGUUACCGACAAUUAAAUAUAAAAUUUUAUACAUUAUAUAACUUUUUAUAUUUUUUACAAAAAAUAAAUAUUAAUAAAUAUAUUACUAUAA